AUGGGGUCGGGGCCGUCGUCCGAGAACCAAAAGGCCAUCGUGCGCUAUGCCAAGCGCGACUGCAGCGGCAGCGUCGACUAUACCAACGUCAUCUCGACCAUGUCGGAUGGAAGCGUGCUCAGCGCGUGCACGGCGGGGUACUACACGGGCAAAAUCACGCCGCCGCCCUCCCAGUACGCGCCCGACACGAUUUACGCGACCAUCUCGAUCCCCGACAUGGGCUCCACGGAAGAGGUCGUUGACGGCCUCUGCGUCGCCGUGUCGCCGUCGGCCGACAUUUACCUCAAGGCAUCCUGCGCCGCGCAAGACUUUGCCUACUACGGCGACGCCAACUGCACCGACGUCCUCGCGCUGGAUGCAACGGCGGUGAGCAUCAUCUGUGAGACGCCCAACCCCAUCUCGUGGCCGGCCACCUCGACGCUCAUCGGGCAGACGUACGCGCACGCCAACUGCUCGGGCGAGACACUGUACGCAGUCAAUAUGGGCAGCGGCGGCAUCCCAUACGACGUCGUCUUGCCGCACCGGGCGUCGAACGGACGAUGCACCGACGGCCUCAUCUACAACACGACCGUGUACCUCGAGACUUUUGGCAUCAACGCGACGUACAUGACGAUCUCGCGGUCCUACAUGACCGAAGUCGCACGGGACCAAACCUGCGUCUUUACGGGCGACAAGUACCUCCAAGCAUCGUGUGCGAAUGCGACGUUCGCCUACUACAGCGACAGCGCGUGUUCGGACCUCGUCGACGUCCUUGAAGUGGGUGCUGUCUCGACCAAGUGCGGUAUUGUCUUCAACAACGUCACCGUGCUCAAGACGACGUCACUUGUCAUCACGUCUGGCGGCUCGGGCGGCGCGAUAGCGCUUAUGCUCUUUUGCGUCCUCGUUGGCGGCCUUAUUCUGGGCUAUCUCGCAUCGCACCGGGACCAAAUCAUGGCGGCCGACCCGAUGAAGAAGCAGCUCAAGGCCAGUAAAGUGAGCAAGUCGGAAGAGGAUAGCGGUGCCGCCGACGAUGAUGUCUAGAUAUCCUUAAGAUGCCAC